GCAGUUGCUAAACAACGCGGCGCUCGGUCCGGUGGAGACGGACGCGAUCCUGCGGAGCUAUGCGGAGGGGCGGCUGGCCGGAGUUUACUCGGGCUGACGCCCUCUUGGCGGGGAAGCGUGUCGUCGGGAGACGGAAGCAGGAGCAAGAAGGGAUUGGCAAGAGCAAGCCAACCAUCCAGGCCUCCAGUAGCAGCACUCGCUGGCUUUCCGUUUUCCCCACGGACAGUGACUCGAGUAACCUCUCCAAUCCGAGCAGUCCUUGCGUGGGAAGGGAAGGACUGGAAAAUGUGGGUCCUGCUGAGACCACCCGACCGGCACAGCCUGGCAGCCGGUUCCUCAAACAGAAACCACAGAAUGGGGACGUGGAGAUCCAGCAAGCGGGGCACAAUCCUGUCACGAGGGUGGGGCUCAGUGCUGACUCCAAGGGGAGAUCAAAUGCCAUCCUCAGAAAGUUGGCACAAAUAGAGAGUAAGAUCCAGAGCCGGAAGACCAAGCAGAGCAUCGAGCAGAUACCUGUGUUGGAUAAUGAACUCUCAUUGAGUGAAUCUAAUGACGAUUUUGAAUUGAGGACAAGCGGUCUGAAGUUCCUGAAGAAGACAGCUAGGCUGAAGGAGAAUGUCAAAGCUCAGACGAAAAGUGUGACUCUUGCAGACAUAACUGGUGAUAAUGAGGAAGAUGUAGAUAGAUAUAGACAAGAAGUUUGCCCAAAAUCCCAAAGACAGGAAGAUAAAUUCAAAUUCAAACCUAACAGAAAGUUGCUACCAGAGACAUCUUCCACUUCAAGAUCUCUGCCUGAAGAAAGUCAAGUGAACGGACUUCUAUCCCAUUCUCCCUCUUCACCAAACAGGGAUACAAGAGCAAGCCAUGUAGCUUCCUGUUCCUCCUCUCCAUCUAUGAAAGACAGUCUAGCAGAUACAAUAACCCAUAACAGGAGCUCCAAUUACCAGAGGAAAUCUCUUUCUGAACGGAGUAUUGUCCGAUCCUUGGAUGAGUUGUUCUCUGAUGUGGCUGAUAUACAUAAUGAUAUUUCCAGCAACAGUGAUUUCAGAGUGAAUAUUUUGAGCCUGGAUGAACUAGAACCUUGCCAAAAAACAGAAUUAAAAGAAGAGGUAAUACAAGCAGUUGAGAAGUCAAACAAGAACUUAAGAGGAACAGUUCUGUCUCCUGCUAAUCCCCAAAGCCUCUUUAAAACCUCAGCUGUGUCCUUGGAGGAAGAGGAAAACCUGGAAGAAACUGAGAUAUCUGAGCAGCUAAGCAGCAGUUCUGCUGGAUAUUCCCCUUGCAAGGAGGAAAGCCUCAACGAUACUGAGUAUUCGGAAGAUUUUGAGCCCUCAUCAUUUUCUCCCACAUCUAAGGAAACAGGAGGAGAAUCGUCUUCUGAAAAGUCAGAUGACCUGUUGGGUGCCUCAGUUCAUUCCAUCCAAUCUAAUUUAUCUUCUCCCUGCUGCCCUUCUGUGGCACCUGAGGGCACCAAAGCCAUAAAGAAGAUAGAGGUGAAAGAAGCAGCUGUUCAGACCGGUUCCUUCUCACUUGCCUAUCAUAGGUUACAGUAUGAUGUUCCUGUUGGCCAUGCAAUACCACAAAGCUCUGCUGAAGCUCCGUGUGUUAGCAGCCAUACAUUGAACAUGGAAGUCAUAGAAGCUCUCUCAAUAUACAAUCCAUCCAUCUCUGCUUUGAAUAACAUGUUAAAACAAAACUUGCUGCUUAUUCAGCAGUCUAUAGAGAUCAAUCGACAUCUUCAUGCCUCCUUUGUUGCAUCGCUGGAAGAGGAGGAAUACCGCUAUCACACCUUGGAAGAAGCCAAAAUGUAUAUUCAACAGCACAAGCCCCUGCCUCUGACUAUGGAACAAGCCUUGCAAGAGCUGAAAGAACAAGAACAAAUGGCUUCUUAGGUUCAUUGCUCCUUUUCAGGCCCGUAAAAAAAUGGACGGCACCAGAGUUUUUAGAAAGAAGGCUACAGUAGUAGUUUCUUCAGUCAAGCACAAAGUCUUGGGAAUCACAACUUGAAAUAUGCAUUUAGCUGGAUUUUUGAAGAGAAACCUCAACAGAGAGUUUCUUUACCGCAUUUUGAUGUAAUUAUGCAAUGUACAAUUCAGUGCUGCAAAUUAAAGUCAAUCUCUAAA